AUAGUGGGUAUAGAAGAAAUAGUAGAAGAUUUCGAAACCGCGAGGUGAAGGAGACUCGUUGCAUCCGUCGAGCGAGCUAAGCGCGCAGUCACUGUCUCACCCUUGCAUCAUGUCCUUGACCCCCGAACAAGUCGCCAUCAUCAAGUCUACAGUCCCCGUACUGGAAGCUCAUGGCAAGAAGAUCACUACUACCUUUUACGCCAACAUGCUCCGGGCUCACCCCGAGUUGAACAACAUCUUCAACACAUCAAACCAGGUCAAUGGUCACCAAGCAGGGGCGCUCGCUGGUUCCCUCUGCGCAUACGCUAAAAACGUUGACGACUUGGGAAAGCUUUCCCCGGCGGUCGAGAGGAUCACCCAUAAACAUGCAUCGUUGUUUAUCCGUGAGGAACACUAUAGCAUCGUAGGCACCUAUCUCAUCCAAGCGAUGGGAGAGGUCCUAGGAGCCGCGCUGACUGAGGAUGUCAAGAACGCUUGGGCGGCUGCUUACUGGCAGUUGGCCAAAAUCAUGAUCGAUAUCGAGGACGCUCUCAUGAAGAGCGCUCAUGGAUGGACGAACUGGAGGGACUUUGUGAUAACGAGAAAGCAAAAGGAGAGUGAUGAGAUCACCUCCUUCUAUCUCGAACCCAAAUCCGUGGAAGAUCAGGGCAAGCCGCUGCCAAGCUUUCGGCCAGGCCAAUAUAUCUCGGUCAUGAUGACGAUUCCGGCGCUCAUAUACAAGCAAGCUCGCCAAUACAGCUUGAGCGAUGCGCCCGGACUGUCUUAUUACCGCAUCUCAGUCAAGAAAGAGGCCGGCCUCGGACGUCUCGACACUGCUAUCGCAACGGCCCAUCCAGGCUACGUCUCGAAUGUUUUGCACGAUGCAAAGCAAGUGGGAGAUAUCAUCCAGGUGUCUCACCCUUUCGGCGAGUUUGUGCUUGACGGUUCUGCGGCGCCUGAUGCGCCAACGGUCUUCAUCUCGGCUGGCGUGGGUUUGACGCCUCUGGUCUCGAUGCUGAACGGUAUCACGAGCGAGUCGAGCGGCACCGGUCGACCCAUCUCUUGGAUCAACGCUUCCAAGACCACCUCGAGGCAGGCCUUUACCGGUCACGUGCGUAACAUCGCAAAAGGGCAACCGGCGAUGCGGAUCACCAACUUUGUCUCGUCGCCUACUCCAGACGAGCGACAAGGUAUCGACUUUGACCAUGCAGGUCGAUUGAACCUACACCUUCUGGACAAGCUAGCGGACCUCUACUUGGACCGCGACGAUACUAGAUACUACGUCUGCGGGCCUGAACGGUUCAUGCUGGAUAUGGAGGCUCAGCUCAAGGCGCUCGGUGUGGCAGACCUGUCGCGCAUCCGUAUGGAACUCUUUGGGACAGGCGGCGUGCCGAGGGAAUGAUCGACGAGAGAGGGAUCGUGAUCGACGCGAUAGUAGAACACUUGUUUGCCCCCUUUUCGUGGUGGAGUGUACCGAUAGAUGUAAGACAAGCAUGCCGGUAUUGUUGGUCAUCGUUCCGCAGUGCAAUCGAACUCGAUCGAAUGUAGGGGAAGAGCAACCGCGGCGAAAAAGUGAAUCGAGGCAGAGCCCGUCGAGCGGGUUCAGACUCCAAGCGAGAUUCGCGGCGAUCGUCCUUGGCGAGGUCCCGAAGUUCCGAACCACCCGAGCGUUUCGCAGAAUCCUUCGUUGUGGCAUUAAUCAGGAGAAUUGC